GCAGUGCUGCCAAUGCCCCGGUGGAGAAGCCGAGGUCAACAUAAAAUUUGAGAUAUUUAAAGUGGAUACAAAACUAUUUCAGCAAUGCAGACAAUUAAAUGUGUUGUUGUGGGCGAUGGUGCUGUUGGUAAAACAUGUCUCCUGAUUUCCUACACAACAAAUAAAUUUCCAUCAGAAUAUGUACUGACUGUUUUUGACAACUAUGCAGUCACAGUUAUGAUUGGUGGAGAGCCAUAUACUCUUGGACUUUUUGAUACUACAGGGCAAGAGGAUUAUGAUAGAUUACGGCCACUGAGUUAUCCACAAACAGAUGUAUUUUUAGUCUGUUUUUCAGUGGUUUCUCCAUCCUCAUUUGAAAAUGUGAAAGAAAAGUGGGUGCCUGAGAUAACUCACCAUUGUCCCAAGACUGCUUUCUUGCUUGUCAGGACCCAAAUUGAUCUCAGAGAUGACCCUUCUACAAUUGAGAAACUUUCCAAGAACAAACAGCAGCCUAUCACUCCAGAGACUGCUGAAAAGCUGGCCUGCGAUCUGAAAGCUGUCAAGUAUGUGGAGUGUUCUGCGCUCACACGGAAAGGCCUAAAGAAUGUAUUUGAUGAAGCAAUAUUGGCUGCCCUGGAGCCUCCUGAACCGAAGAAGAAGAGCCGCAGGUGUGUGCUGCUAUGAACACUCUCCAGAGCCCUUUCUGCAAGCUGGGGUCGGCGUUGCACUAAAAGCAAUGUUUAAAUCAAACUAAAAAUUAAGAAUUAAAAUUCGUUUUUGCAAUAAUGACAAAUGCCCUGCACCUACCCACAUGCAUUUGUGUAACACAAGGUCUAUAGGUAUGGUCCCCCUUCCCCCUCCAGUAGUAGUUAAUUUUGAGUAAUUGUGUAUUGUCAGGACCGUGAUCAGUAUACUAGUUUAUGUUUUGUUCUUCAAAAACAACGUGUUUUUUUGUUGUUAUUUUAAAAGCAAGGCAUGCUUUGUGAUGAUUCUGUAACAGACUAACUUGAAUUGUUGGAGCUGCUCCCUAGUUUCUCUCUGGAGUGUAAUCUGGGACAUCUUAGCAUUUUUGUUUAGUUUUUUUUCCCUUUUUUUUUUUUUUGAGGGGGGCAGAGUGUAUGUGGAGUUUUUUAGUCUUGUUUUUUUAAUUCAUUAACCAGUGGGCAGCCCUUAAGGGAGGAGGAUGGAUUGAUUCCACAUUCCACUUCCUAGACCUAGUGUAGAAGACACGUUCCCCACCUGGUGCUCUUAGGAAGGAGUACAGUAAAUGCCUCAUUAAUAACAUAUUCCUUUUUGAAAGUUGCCUUUUCUCUCCACCCUUGAGUAGAUCCAGUAUUUGAUGAAAUUCAUGAAAGUGGCUGGAACCUGCCUUGCCCCUCCUCUGUUCUAGGAUGCACUAUAUAUGUGACUGUGACUUUCAAGGAAGUUUGUUUGCCA